GGCUGCUGCUGCACAAAGACAGACAGAAAAGGGGAAAGCUUGAUGAAUAAAAAUUAAAUCAGAAGAAAAGUUAGUGGCUCUACUAAAAUAUUAACAGCUAAAGUAACUUAGUGCAGUUUAAAAAAAAAGUCUUAUAUUUGUAUUUAUAUUGGAGUAAAAAAAUAUUUGUGUGAAAAAAAGAGAAAAUGACGAGUCUGCUGUGCAUCACAAUGAUCUCCCUGACCCUUGCUGGCAGUGCGUACAGUCAGCCGACGAGCUCUCCCUCACCACCACAACUGACAGUUAAGGUUAUUGCAGACUUAGGUGCCAACGUCACCCUGCCCUGCCGGCUCCUGUCCAAAGACUCCGUGUCCUUUGGCAACACUGGUGUCCGAGUCAAAUGGACCAAGGUGGCAGAUGAUGAAGCACUGAAUGAGGAUGUGCUGCUUUCAAUGGGAUUCCACAAGAAGACCUACGGUAGCUUCGAGGACCGUGUCUUUAUGCAGGAGUUUGACAAUGAAGAUGCCUCCAUAAUAAUAACUGACGUCUCCAAGGACGACAUGGGAAAAUACCGCUGUGAGAUCAUCAAUGGGAUGGAAGACACCGUGCAAGAGGUUACUUUGGAAGUGGAAAGCAUCGCCACUGAUGGUGUCGUGUUCCCAUACUUUACCCAUCUGGGCCGCUACAGCCUAAACUUUGAUGAAGCUGUGCAGGCCUGUCUGGAUCAGAAUGCUUCUGUCGCCACCUAUGACCAGCUGUUUGAGGCCUGGAAAGGCGGCCUAGACUGGUGUAACGCUGGCUGGCUGAUUGAUGGCUCUGUGCAGUAUCCCAUCACCAAACCCAGAGAGCCUUGUGGUGGCACCAAAAACGGACCUGGUGUCAGAAACUAUGGCCUCCGUGACAAACAAAUAGGCCACUUCGACGUGUUCUGCUUCACUCCUGCACUUAAUGGACGUUUCUAUUGGCUGGUCCAGCCUGACAGGUUGACCUUUGACGAGGCUGUGCAGGCAUGCUUAGACGAUGGCGCGGAGAUCGCCAAAGUGGGUCACAUUUACUCCGCCUGGAAGCUUGAGAACUACGAUCGCUGCGAUGCCGGCUGGCUGGCUGACGGAAGUGUCCGCUACCCCAUCUCCAGGCCCCGCAAGAACUGCAGCCCCGAUGAAGCUGCAGUGCGCUUUGUCGGAUUCCCAGACAAGAUGCUAAAGUCUUAUGGCGUCUACUGCUACAAGGAUGAGCAGUGAGGCAGUAGAUAGGAGUCGGGUAGCCAUAACCACCAAAGAGCAGCAAACAACCACAACCAAUAAAAUCAACAAUAAAGCCAAUAAGCUUUGAAUUUUAACUAGCAUGAGCUCAAUGCCUUUCUGAAACUGUGAUAACCCUUUUUAACCCCGUAAAACACAAAUACUGUACACCUUACUUCCAUAUGCAUUGAAUGACAAAAAUAUUUUGUAGCCAUUGUUUUGUUUUUCUCUAACUGUGCAUUCAUUAAUUUUACAUGGACUGUUGGGGAGAAGGCAACGGUAUUUAUGUAUGAGUGAUGUGACAGAGACAAGAACUUGACGGUUGUGAAACAUGACUUAAGUUUAGUUUGUCCUCCACAGAAUGAUUAGAUGUGUGAAGUUUACGCUCACGUGCAGAAGAUAUUUGCUGCUUUGAAAUUUAUCUAAAGAACAAAGCAAUGUGAUAUCUCAUGCAUGUAUCACAUUGAUGAAAAACCUUAGAUUGAUUACAGAGGCAUGAGCAUAACUAUCACUGUUGAGCUAAGGAUAUAUACAUGUUAUACUGCAGUAAGUAUUCAACUGGUUUCCUUUCUAAUAAGAGUUAAAGCUCUUUUACAAUCUCUUAAACUGCAGGGAGUAUUUUCAGCUUGAGGAGGUGUGAUCAAAUUUACUGUUUAACAAGAAAAUGAAUGUAUGUCUUGAUGGACUGUGACCUAUUCUGCAGUGAUAGCCUCCAUUAAAUCAACUCCAAAUUACAAUUUGAAAAACAGUUCUAUUAUUGUAACCUUGUGCAGUAUGUUUGUUUUAACAAAAUGUUUUUUUUUUUUACUUUUUUAAUGUUUGUCACUAUAGUUUUUUACAUGUUUAUGGGUUUUUUUUUAAAGAAAAAAAACUGAUUUUGCCACUCAGAUAUUUUUGUGAGUAGUGUAGUUUUUAGAAAGCAAUACAAAACAGAAAGAUUUCAGUCAGACAGUGAAUGCAGAAUAAGUACAGAUCUUCACCUUUUACCCCAACACAAACAUUUAUCAAAACACACCCCUGAUUGUCUAACAGCGUUAGCAAUUCUCUUCGACAGUAAAUCUAAUAUUACAGUUGUUACAACUAACACGUGUGGGCUGAAAUCCAAUCUGACUUCUUAAAUAAAGAUUCUUGGUAGUACUGCUGUAGUGACUGGAUCUGAGUAAAUAAUUAGGAUUUAAAAGUCAAAAACUGCCAAAAAAUGAUAAUGUAAAGGUGUGCCACAACCACGAGAUAGCACUCUUCUUAGGUAUCAGAUACAAAAUAUUUGUGUUUUACUUUUUCUAACCCUGGGCACUGACAUACAGUACUUACUGCAAGUCACAUUUGGUAAUAUGGUGAUGCAUUGUUUGAAAAAGCAAAACUUCAAAAUGUCUCUCACACUUGUGCAUUUGUAUACACUCGUGCAUGAAUAAAUGGUGAAGGUAUUUUUGUAUCUUAUCGCCAUGUACCUUUUUCAACAAAGCAGUUUAAAAUAAAGACUUUUAAAUCAA